AUGACUACCUCAAACGGCCAUGCCUCGAAAUCUCAGCAGGCGACACAACGCCGCAUCGAAUACCAUGAGGCCGACAUUGUGAUCGUCGGUGCUGGUAUUUUGGGUUGCGCUCUGGCCGUCGCCCUCGGAAGACAAGGAAGAAGUGUUCUACUUUUGGAGAGUUCCAUGAAGGAGCCCGAUCGCAUUGUUGGCGAACUGCUACAACCCGGUGGCGUGCAAGCUUUGGAACAACUCGGCCUGCUCGAUUGCCUCGAUGAGAUCGACGCGAUUCAAGUUAAGGGUUAUUAUGUUACGUUUCACCAUGGCCGCUUCGUGAUGAAAUUAAGGGAGGCGGCGCUCGACUGCCCCAACGUCACGGUCGUUGAGACCACAGCAACUGCUCUCGUGACCUCUUCUACAAACCCUUCACAGGUUCUUGGUGUAGAGUGCAUCACCAAUGAUCUCAAGGACUGCUACUUCGCCCAGCUCACCGUCGUCGCCGAUGGCUACGCCUCCAAAUUCCGCAAAACGCACCACCCAUACACCCCCAAGCGCCGUUCAAAGUUCUGGGGCCUCGAAAUGAUCGAUGCGCAACUCCCUUCUCCCUACUACGGCCACGUCCUUCUCAGCGACUGUCCACCCGUCCUCAUGUACCAGAUUGGCACCCACGAGACUCGCAUCCUGAUCGAUAUCCCUGAUAAUUUGCCCGCCGCUUCUGUAAAGAACGGCGGAGUUAAAGGCUAUAUGAAAAACACUGUUCUCCCUUCUCUUCCCGAAGCAACUCAGCCCGCUUUCGCGGCUGCCCUCGAAAAAGGCAACUUGCGGUCGAUGCCGAACUCCUUCCUCCCGCCUUCAACCAAUAAGACGCCUGGUAUGAUGAUCUUGGGCGAUGCGCUGAAUAUGCGACACCCUCUGACUGGUGGCGGAAUGACAGUCGCACUGAACGAUGUCUGCGUCAUUCGUGAGCUGCUUAGCCCCGAGGUUGUGCCGGACCUGGGCAACACCACCUUGGUCUUGAAGCAACUCGCCCGUUUCCACUGGGCUAGAAAGAACUCGUCCUCUGUCAUCAACAUCCUCGCGCAGGCCCUCUAUUCCCUGUUCGCCGCUGACGAUGUAAACCUCCGCGCCCUUCAGCGAGGCUGCUUCCGCUACUUCCAGAUCGGUGCCGUCGAUGGACCCGUCGGUCUACUCGCCGGCCUCAUCAAACAACCUCUAGUCCUCUUCUCCCACUUCUUCACUGUCGCCUUCCUCUCCAUCUGGGUUCUCUUCCGCGACACACCUCUGACCCAACUCAUCCUAUUCCCCUUCCGAUCCAUCAUGGUCUUCUGGACCGCCUGCGUUGUGAUUUUCCCAUACAUCUUCGCCGAGCUCCGGUCCUGA